AUGACGAAUUAUUCGCCCAACAUGUGUGACAUGACGUUGGAAUACGACGGUUUUGAUAUCUACUCCUAUCGGGUGAAUAUGGCCAACGUCCGCGCGGAACUGCCCAAGUUGAAGUCGGCCAACGGCCGCUUCAUGUUCACGCGCGACCUGCUUCUCAAACGCAAUAUUCUGAUAACGCCGUUUGAUUCGUUUUACGAAGACGAUGAGUACGAUCAUCCCGACACAUCGACGAGCUACCGACAAAACGGCAACGUGUUCUUCAAGGACAAGUUGUACGUGAAGGCCAUAGAAAUGUACACCAAGUGUUUGAAAGACUGCCAAAAGAACACCGAGUGCUACGCGCUCGCGCAGGCCAACCGGUCGGCCGCAUACUUCCACACGGGCGAGUACGGACAUUGCCUGAACGAUGCGUUCAGUGCCUUGGAGUCCAAAAAUUACCCUUCCAAUCUCGCGUACAAGCUGUACAUGCGAAUGGGGCACGCAGAACGCAUUUUAGGCUUCGUCGAACAAGCGAAGGACAGCUACGCCUUGUGCCUGGAGCGACUGGACGAGGCGGACAUGUCUGCUGAGAGCAAGCUCAAGUUCAGGGCGGAGGUCGAAAAGUUGGUAACUGUGUGCGAGAAACAGUCGACUGAGCGGAAAAGGCCGAUGGACACGCCUUGUCUCGAGCAGCUGGUUGGCGGAAGAAACGAAAAUAUCCCUGCACUAUCGGCCUUUGUGGAACUGAAAAUGUCCGAGAAUAUGGGACGAGGUGUUUAUGCUACCCGCGACAUUAACCCAGGUGAUGUUGUGGCCAUAGAUGAACCUUACAUUUGUGGGCCUUUUACAGAAAGUGUAGGAGUUUGUAAAUAUAAUGGUUGUAUGAAGAUAAAUUCGGCUCUUAUUCAGUGUCCAAAAUGUAAAAUGGUGUCUUACUGCAAUAAAGACUGUAUGAAUAAAGAUGACAAAGAUGGACAUCAUUUGGAAUGUCCCAUUAUAUUUUUUAUCAGAACAAUACCAGGAAUUUCAAAAAUAAAUGAACUUGCUAUGAAGUGGUUUUUAAAAGACUAUUUAAAAAUGGGUUUAAAAAAAUAUUGUUCGAUAGUUAAUAACUAUAACUUUUCUGAAUCUAAAAUUGAUCCUAUGACAAGGGGUUUUGAUGAAAUUGGUCAAUAUAAGUCUGAUAAUUUUUUAACUUCUUAUUCUUUAGAUAUUAGUGUAAACAAAAGAUCAAUAGACGUCUUGUUUUUUUUUAACUGUAUUGCUGCUCAUAUGUUGCAUUAUUUGAUGCAUAGCGGCUUCAGACUUCCAGAAUGUUAUAUAGGUACUGUAGGUGCUUCCUUGGUGCAAAUUCUAACUGUUUUAGAUUCAAGUUACAGAAAGUUAAACUUAGAUCCUCUAUCUUAUCGAAGAAGCGAUAUCCUACUUUCUCGUUCAAUGGCAUUAACUUUGUAUCCAACCAUUUCCUUGUUCAACCAUUCUUGUGAUGCAAAUAUUAGUCCAAGUGGAAAUAUGUUUAAUAGAAUAAGAGUUAUGAAAGCAAUUCAACCAAUUCCCAAAGGAACUCAGUUAUGCUGUACUUAUGGAAUAAUGUUUAUAGCACUCAAUAAAAAUGAAAGGCAAAGAUUUUGCAACAUUCGUUUAAAUUUUGAGUGCUAUUGCGAGCCAUGCAUAAAGAAUUGGCCAACAUAUAAUUAUAUACCAAAUCGUCUUUCUACAUUAAAUAUUCUGAACUCUAGUAUGGCAGAUACUGUAUCAUCCGAAUGCAAAAAGUUUGCGGAAUUUACAAACUUGGUGGAACCAAAAGAUCAUUGUCAUCAUUUAAAUUAUUUAUAUUCAUUUAUUAAGCUUUUGUAUACUAAUGUAAAGCGACCAUUUUCAUUAUAUGAGGAUUGUCUUGAAAUGAUAAGUAAUGCCCAUUGCAUAAGUACCGAUGUAAAAAUCAUGAAUUUAUUAUAA